ACCAGGCGAUGAAGACGAACCUCGCGCGUCGUCGCUCGACGAAAUGACUUCGCCAUGAAGUAAAAUAAGCAGAAAACAAAAAUGAACAUCGUAGAGCAGAAACUAGCGGAAUUGGUACGUGAACAUCCGAAUCUGUACGAUCAAUCCCGGCAGGACUACAAAGACAAUCUGAAGGGGCAUCUGUCAUGGAAAGAAAUCUCGGACAACAUGGGAAAGUCUGAGGAGGCGGUGAAGCAGAAAUGGAAAAAUCUACGCGACAAGUUCUGCAAGGCGAAGAAGCGAAUGGCGAGGAGAAGCUCGCCUCUGCCGACAGACGAAGAGAUCCCGCUGGACCGGGCCGUCCCGGUGCUGUACCACCAGCUGGCCUGGCUCAGCUCGUAUGUCAAACCCAGGGUAGAAACUGUCCCGGGAGAAACCGACGGGUUAGCUGGAAGCGGUGAUGACACGGAGAGAGAGCAAGAUAAAGAAAUGAAGGAGCAGCAUUACUCUAUUCCUGUGGUUAGUACCAGCUAUUCUCUAGUGGAGUCCUGUCCAAAUAACCACCAGGAGAUGGGAGUCUCUCUUAAACGUAAAAGGCAAACCACCACAGAAACUGAGAUAAGUUCUGCGGAUGCACUUUCCAACCUCAGAGAUGAAGAUGAACUGUUCCUGCUCAGCCUGCUGCCCUCACUGAAGAGGCUUAACAUUAAAAAAAGGAUGGAGGUACGGAUGAAAUUCCAGCAAGUGCUUUAUGCUGCAGAGUUUGAGGACUAAAGAGAUCUUUAUAAAAAACGGUAUGGUUGCUGGUGUUGCUUGUUCUGGUUUAUCAAAAGCAUUUAACCUGUAAAUAGAUUUGUUUUAAUUAUGUUGACUUUUUUAGUAUUUAUUUUUUGAUCACCACUUACCACUUUCAUUUUUAAAUUGUAAUUUCAGCCAUUAAAGCACUUAGGACUUAAAAUCGGCAAAACACGUGAGCACUUGUUAACUUGGUUACUACUCUGUGAUGAAAAAUGUACAUUUGUUUGGAGCUCUGUUCGUCAGGGUUUCCUGCUUCUUUCAAAUGAUAUGUGUAGAUUAGACAGAGCUCUCUGACUGUACAUUAAUGUCUCUGCUUUAUCUUUCUGAAAAGAGUCAUCGCAAAUGUGUAUUUUUUAUACAAAUACAUAUUUUAUUGCU